GGAGAGAUCGUUUCACGUCGGUCGGUCACCUGGUCUAACGUAUCUUUCAACUGAACCGCGGGCCCGAAAGGAAGACAUUUUUCUUUUCUUCUACCUUCCGCGGACAGGAACAGAGACUCACUCUUCCAGUACUUCCGGUCGCUGGCGACUACUUCGGGGACGGUCGAGGACAUGACGUUGUCCUCGCGGUGAAAACCUCGAGACUCUAAGAGUGUUUACGCAUUGCUGGAUUAGUACGCGUUUCGUAAUUAAAGUUUGUGCAUCGCCGAAAGUAAUUGUGAACAGACUGUCCGGGGUUCCAACAGAGAUCAGCCUUUUUUCGCGGAGAGAUGGAGAACACCGCUGCGAUACUUCUGCUGGUUGUCGCCUUAACUUUUCGAGGCUGCAACGGUUCCGGGUGUGGUUAUCCUGGCGCACCUGCACACAGCAUCGUCCGGUUCACUGUACCAGGUACCCAGGAUGUGAUAGAUGAAGAGGACGCUCUUCUGAAGGACAGGAUGCUGUCCGUAGACACCGUGGCCACGUAUUACUGCGAGCGUGGCUUUGAACUACUCGGGCCAGCGCGAAGACAGUGUCAGGCAGACGGCUCCUGGUUACCAGAAGGUGUACCGUUUUGCGUUCUAAAUGUUGCCGGAGGCAAAGCACCGAUGCAGUCUAGCAGUUCGGAAGGUGGAAUUCCGCAACGAGCAGUGGACGGAAGUAGCAGUCAGGUUUACACACCGCAAACUUGCACCCUGACCAGGCCAGAGCACAGGCCAUGGUGGUACGUGAAUUUACUCGAGCCAUACAUGGUGCAACUUGUUCGAUUAGAUUUUGGGAAGCCAUGUUGCGGCGACGGGAUACCUGGAACAAUCGUCGUCCGCGUGGGCAACAACCGCCCAGACUUGGGGACCAAUCCAAUUUGCAACCGUUUCACUGGUCCCCAAGAAGAAGGGCAGCCUCUGUUUCUUCCUUGCAAUCCACCCAUGCCCGGAGCUUUCGUAUCCGUGCACUUGGAGGCAAACGCGCCGACGCCUGCACCGGUGCAGCUCUCCCUUUGCGAGGCUUUCGUUUACACCGAUCAGGCUCUUCCGAUAGAGAGGUGUCCGCAGUUCAGAGACCAGCCACCAGGAUCCACGGCGACGUACAAUGGAAAAUGCUACAUUUUCUACAACCGUCAGCCAAUGAUUUUCAGAGAAGCGUUGGCGUUCUGUCACGCACGGGGCGGUACCCUGGUGGAUGAAAGUAAUCCUGCGUUACAAGGAUUUAUCUCUUGGGAACUGUGGAGGCGUCAUAGGAGCGACACUUCAAGCCAGUAUUGGAUGGGCGCUGUAAGAGAUCAGAAGGAUCGGUCGAUUUGGAGAUGGACAGAAAGCGGAGAAGAGGUUUCAGUUUCAUUCUGGAGCUUGCCUCAAGGCACGGAAGAGGAUUGCGCUCGAUACGACGGCAGUAGGGGCUGGCUCUGGUCCGAUACACCUUGCACUGCUCGAUUAAAUUUCAUCUGUCAGCACCAACCGCGUGCCUGCGGACGGCCGGAACAGCCGCCGAAUUCUACGAUGAGCGUGACCACGAUGACGGAUCGUAAUUCACCGAGUACCUACGAAGUUGGGGCAACGGUAGAGUACACCUGUAACGCGGGCAGCCUUCUUAUAGGGCCGUCGACUCGUACCUGUCUGGACACCGGGUUCUACAACGAGUUUCCGCCAGUCUGUAAAAGCAUCGAGUGUGGCUAUCCGGCGAGCAUAAAACACGGCGGUUACACACUUAUCAACAAUACCGUUACGUAUCUGAGCCAGGUGCUUUACUCCUGCGAGGAAGGAUACGAGAUGACUGGCCGUGCAAGACUGACUUGCGACAUUGACGAACGUUGGAAUGGACCACCGCCGCGUUGCGAGCCGAUUUUGUGCGACCCUCCAGCGCCCGUUCCGCACAGUCAGAUUCAAAUAGAUGAGAUCGACGAGACUGAGACGAUAUCAGGAAAGGGAGGUUUGAACCGAAGCCUGCUAGUAGGCAGUAUCGUCACGUACACUUGCGAGAAGGGCUACAGACUCUCUGGAUUUAGGCAAAUACUGUGUCUACCUACUGGAUUGUACGAUCAUGCUGCACCAACAUGUACAGAGGAACCUCGCACGACAGUGACCGUUUCUCCUAGGAUAACAGUACGGCCAACGACAGCCAGGACACGCCACACGUUCCUGCCACCAAAGGUGCGUUCUACGACUACCACGAGCACUACCACCACCGUUCCGCCUCGAAAAGUUGCUAGCACCGGUGAAUUGCCGGCAACGGUCAGGGAAACGAUCCCCAGGAAGCCGAACGUUGGUUUACAACGGCCGGCAGCCGCGCCUCCGGUGAUUCUCAACGACGAGAGCAGCGAUCAUCCUCAAGACAACGAGAUUUCCGGAAGCGGCGUGGACAAUGCGCAAGUUGGCAUCGGAACCGGCGUGCCAGAACCCUCAGGGCCGUUUAGAGUAGACAGCGGAGAUCAACCGAACAACACCCAUCAGGCGAAAUUAAACUUGGGCGCAGUGAUCGCACUGGGCGUCUUUGGCGGCUUCGUGUUCCUCGCAGCAGUGAUCACUACAGUUGUAAUACUCAUACGCAGAAAUCGUGGCGGAAGCAGCAAGCACUACAGGCAUCGUGCAUCUCCUGAUUGCAAUACCGUGGCCAGUUUCGGUAGUAGUUCUUCUGAAAGUCGGGGUGGUUUGAACCGAUACUACCGGCAGGCUUGGGAGAAUCUACAUGAAACUGCAGGGCAGAAAGCUGGUCAUCCUCCGCUUCGUCGUAAAGAAACCCUGGAUGAACCAGGCUACCGAGAGAACUACCGUGGUAGUAACAACAACACCGAGAGAGAUGGCUCAGAAUUAGUUGUAAGCGACGUGGCCACUUACCCGUCCAGCAAACACGCGAGCAUUUCCGACAAGAAGCGUCAUCACCACCACCACCACCAUCAUCAUGGUAACUCGACACCCGAGUGGAGGCAAUCUCAAUCUCAUCACAGAUAUUAAACGCCGGAUUUACUAGAUAGAGUCCUGUUUGAAAAUUUGACAAAUCAAUACUGUAGUGAAUCAUGAUUGGAUUGCACGAAAGCUUUUAUGAUAACUUACUACUCUGACAAAAAGUUUUUAAUCAAAUAGUGACACAAAGCUAAAUAAAGGGGUACUAUCUUAGAGGCACAAAAUAUUACUAUAUAGAUGAUUAAGACAGAUGAGAUAAUGAUAUUAAUUUUUCAUGAGGGAAAUUAUGAGAAAACAAAAAUUCUCAUUUAUUAUUAAUGGUGGGUAACAAAAAGAAUAAAACGUUUGGAGAGUAACUGAUACGAACUGAAAAUAAUUGAAAGAAAUUUGUUCAAGUUGAUAAAUUUCAUAAGCAAUGCAGAAAGAAAUAAACAGCUCUUAUUAUUGAAGUUUUUGAGUCUAAUUAUAAACUGUCUCUUGAAAAAAUUAUUCUAAUAUUGUAGCUUCAUCAGAGAAUUAAAUAACAUUCUGAUAUUACUACCUAUGUAAUAUCAUUAAUAUGUUAGGAUGAUUUAAAAAACAAAAUACAACUUGUACAUGAAAAUUUCAACAAUGAGAAUUGUUUUGUAUGUACUAAGUUGUGAGAGCCUUGAAUCUCUGAGAAAAUAAACAAGUUGGUUUCCUUUUAUAUAUUAAUAAAUUCAUUAAGUUAAAGUUAUUUAGCGAUUGUUUUGUUUACUACUUAAUUAUUCUUAAAUAACAUAUCAUCAACCUUUAGUCGUCGUGUCAAGAAGAUAGUAUGGUCCGUUUUUUUGUUUGGCAUACUUUUCAUUUUGUUAAACUUGUUAUUUUUAUAAUUAACAUGUUCUCUGCUCAGAUCUUGAGCAUGGUGUUUCUCUAUGUCCCUUGCAAAAUUAUGACAAAACGCUGUGUCACACAUUUUCAUAUAAAAAUUAAAUGACUAGUUUUUCUACAAUAAAUGUAACUCUUUUUCAGAUUAUGUAUUGAUUAAACAUUUUUUUCCAGACAACAUUUGGUUCUCUGGUUAUGUUCUCUUAUUUAUAAAAACCAAGAAUUUAUCAUCUUAUUAUUUGUUUUAUGCAAUAUGAAGAUAUUUAAUAAUAUCUUGUACCUCUAAGACAUAAUAAUUGCUUUUGGGUAGUUACUGUGUCGAAUUAAAAACUUUUUGCCUACAAUAGUACAUUCAAAGCGAAUUCUAAAAUAGAAUUCAAAAAAACGUGGUGAAUGUGAGGUAUUGCGUAGAGGAAACCUUCAGCGUGAUUUAUGGACAAGAUAUAGAACAAGAUCAUUUUACAUUUAUUGUUCUGUUAUACAGUAAAUUAUUUACAACCACCUUGUUAUGUAAUGUAAAUACAGUAUAUGCAGUAGUAUAAGUGAGGGGAGAAUUGUUUGUGAAUGUAGGAGGAUCACUAGUUGAUCAAAGGACAUGCCAAAAAAUGAGAAAGUAAUAUAAUUACUAAUUACUGAUCAAACAAUUUCUAAGAGGUAUUUAUAGGAAUUUUUGGUUACAACGAUAUUUAUAAUAGUACGAUGUUCAUGAAAAUUUUGUAAUUAACAAAAUUAAAAAUCUGAUAUGAACACCUUGGCCUCACCUUAAAGGAGUUAAAAUAAUUUCUGUAGCAAGAUAUGUAAGAAAAGUGUCGUUAAGGAAAGGCCGACGUUGUCCAUUUCAGAAUUAAAAUCAACGUAGCUGUGGUGCUUGUUUAAGAAUAUAAAAAAAGUAUUUGUAUUAAAGUUUAUAUUAUUGAAUUAUUUAUACAUAGUAAUGAUACGUUCUAUCUUAUGAUACCAGUUCGAUAUUGCUGAAACUAAAAUUAGAACAUAUUUUCUUAUUCAUUGACUGAAGUAAGAUAUUCAAAAUAAGUUUGUACAUGUAUUUAAUGUCUUUAUAAUUCACAAAAAAUUGUAAUAGUGCCAUUAUGGGCAAACUUGUUUAAUGUAUUUACACUUACAUUCUUGUCAUUUAACGUAGCACAGAAUGACUAAUGCUAGUAUAUAUCUAAUGUUAGUUUUAGCCUCAAUAAUGCACAAAACACAUUCGAUGGAAAAAUAUCUGUAUAACCCGAUUGUUCAGAAGGAUAUUUAAGCUGCAUAAAAAAAACAUAACUUUUUGAAAGAAAAUUCUUAAAAUAAACUUAAUUGUUUUCAUAUUUUGUUACUUCAAACGUUAAGAAAAAAAUCACAUAUCAUUAAACAGUCUUAUGUAUAUCACAUUAAAAAUUGAGAAUAUCUUUAUUAUUUAAGCCACUGACGAAUGAGUUGUCCAAUUUGAACUCUGGCUUCCUUCAAUUCAGGUAAAUCAUUCUUAGAUGGAGGAUACAUAUUUGCACAAUGAGCAGUACCUGUAAAUUUUAACAAUAAAUCAAUAUUUUAUAAAAUUGCAUAUGUGAAGUAUUUAAGAUUCAUCUACCAUUGAUGUAAAUAGCAGGUGCUUGUGGAUUCAAUGAUUUUGUAAUGCCCAACACAUGCCACGGAUCCACUGAUCCAUGUACAAAUACUACAUUCGUAACUUCCAAAUUUAAGGCUCCAUAUAAUACGUUUGUUCGAUCUACCGCUGAUUUUAAUAAAUAAAUGUCAUACCUAUUAAAAAGUAGAAAAUGAAUUAUUUCAAAUAAUAAAAAAGAAGUAUUGAUAAUUGUAUUAGAUCAAACCUGGGCCCAAAAACAUCGAUGCACUGUUGUAUAAAGAAAUCUACAGGAAAAUUAUCACUAAAUAAAUUUGAUUGUGCUGUAGAACUUUGGAAAAAUCCAAAUUCUGUGCAUGUUUGAUACAUCCAUUGACGUCCUGAAGAAAUGUUAUUAAAGUAUGAAAAAAGGAAACAUGAAAAAAGAAAUAAUAAGUUUAGUGAUAAAUUACCUCCUUCUGCCUCUUCGCUAACCCAAGAAACAUUUCGAAGUUUGUGAACCAUUUUAUUAUACAUAUAAUCCAAGCACUUCUCCUUUGUUGCAUUUAAUAUUUUAUUACUUAAAAAUGCAAGUCGAGUAAUGGCAAUACCCAAACUUUCGUUUGUUAAAAUAUCACAUGAACUAUCAAUAGUCAUGUUAGCCAUUGCUGAGUUAUUACGAUUGUCUUUAUUAUACUGUACAAUACCAGCGAAAUUGCUUGCUAAGGUUUCAUAUAAAUUGGAAAUAUCUUUGCGUGUUGUAUGUCCAGAGUCAAUAGGAUCACAUAAACUAUAAGUAAAGAACAACUUUAGUGACAUAUUCAACUUAUUAAAAAAGUCUUAUUUCUACAUACGAAAAUUUCUUUGUUAGUCCUUGUUGGCCAAUGGGAUGACGUAACAUUAUAUGAAACUGUUUAUUAGCUUCCACUAUUGCAUUUCCACAGGCCUGAGAAUAAUUUUUUAUUGCAUUCUCAACAACAAUGUAAUACUCUGCAAGUAACAUUUGUUAGUACAAAAUAUUUUUUCAGUAAAGCAGAUACCCUUUUAUAUUUACCCUGAAAAUCUACUUUAGCUAACAGUGGUCCACUUGUGGAAACUGCUCCAUGUAUUAAAUGAGGAUAUUUAACACGUAACCAUGCAGCUAAAGACCCAGCAUAUGAUCCUCCAAAUGCAAUCCAUUUAGUAUCAUUUACUAACAUAUAAUUAUCAGUCAUAUUUUUGACAAAGUAAGCUAGGUCUGCAAGUGCCUGUUGCGAUGUAAGGUAGACCAAAUUUUUUACACUCAAAUCUCUAUAAAUCAAAAUAUGCAUAAUAAAAUACAGUUUAUUUAAACAUUCAUAUGUAAUAAUUAACAAAUAUUAUUACUUACGAAGUAGGAUGACUUUUUCCAUAGUAACGAUGUUCCACUUGAAAGCAAAGAGCUCCAAAUUCCUUGGCAUAUUCAAUCCAUUGACCUUCCACCAUCCAUUUAGCUGAAGCAGGACCUUCACCUCCAAUCAAUAAAAAUACUGGACCUCCUUUUUUAUAGUAAUCUCCAUUUACAAAAUAUCUCUGUAAUAAUUAAAUAUGUUAAUAUAGGUAUUAAAAAAUGCUUGUAGAGACUUUUCAUAUUACCUGCUGCCAAACAAGUGCAUUGGUUGGGUUAAAAUGAUCUAAUAUUUGUGUAAACCAUUGUUCUUCUGGCAAUUUUUGUUCCUUUGAUAAAAUUGGAUCACCUAAAUUACCAUUUCUGUAUCGACCUCUCAUAAAUGUUCGCAAAGCCACAUUAAUAUUUAUAAGACUAACAAAGAAUAAGAAGAACAAAAUCCGAUUCAUUUUUCAAAACAGUCUGAAAAUUAGAAAAAUGUUAGAAGUUUAUUUAAGAGUAUUUCCUUUUAUCAAUUAGUAAGAUUAUAUGCUAUUAAUAUUCAAUAACAUUCACCUUUGAUAAAUUAUUCUUUUCAAACACAAUUCUAAAAUGCGACUAAUAGGUGUUGUUUACCACGUUAUUAUCUCCUAUAAGUGAUAAUAUUGACGAGACAUAAUAUUCUAUAGACAAAAGAAAAAGCUUUAGAAUUUAUGAAUUAAAAACAUAACAAAUGUAUAUCCUGCAACAACUGUACCUUAGUGUUGUACCAUU